CGCCAGGAACACUUCUCCCGCCCUUCCGGCCCUCUCCUCGGCUUGCUUUCCUACGCGAGGUCGAGGCUGUGCGGCCUAGUCCGGACAAUGCUGAAAGUGAAGAUCCUCUUCGUGGGCCCCAGCGAGGCUGGCAAAUCUGUUUUGGCAAACUUCUUGUCAGAGAGUACUGAAAGCAUUGGCAGCUACAUUCCAACACAUGGAGUAAGGAUCCUGGAAUAUGAGAAGCCGCAUGUCAGUGGAAAUGGGAAAGGAGCAGGGUGCCGAUUUGAACUGUGGGAUUGUGGAGGUGAUCAGAAGUUCGAGACUUGCUGGCCGGCUCUGACGAAAGAUUCCCACGGGGUCGUCAUCGUCUUCAACCCAGACCUGCCCAGUCACAUGAAGGAAAUUGAGAUGUGGCAUUCCUGCUUCGUCCAACAGCAGCAGCUGCUCGACAGCCAGUGUUUGCUCAUUGCACACCACAAGCCAGGCACGGCAGCAGACGCUGAGAAUCUCAACUUGCCUUCGCCGCUGAACAGGCUGCAGCUGAUCCACUCCAGCCUCGAAGAAGAUCCUGAGGAUGUCCGGAUGGAAUUUGUGAAGUACCUCAAGAGCGUUACCAACUUGGUGAACGAAAACCGAGACAGAGAGGAGAUGUUGCUUAUUACUUAAAAGGAGGAGAAAUGCUGCCAUAGAGAAAAGAGCAAGUAAAAAUCAUGGGGAAAAACAAAAC